UUUAGUCUUUCCACCUCAAUGUCAUCGAUUACCGCCAUAUUGAAGGAUAUACACAAUUAAUGACCCUUCACUCUCUACCCAGUAAACCCGUUUUUUUGAUCAAAAACCCUAAUCGUUCCUUGAAAUCCUGCAUUUGAUCAUCAUCUCCAAUCGUAAGUUCGAAUACAUGAGUAUGCUCUAAAUGUGGGAAAUCAGGCCAAGAAAUCAGUGUUUUGAUGCAAUUCGGAUUUACGAAGGAUAUCCCACGAUGUUCACUAUUGAGCUCCAUCAUGGAGGGAGGUUCACAAAAUUCCCAGGGAUAAGCUACAUUGAAGGAAAAUUAGACCACGUUGACCUGGUAGACAUGUAUGAAUUCUCUGUGCAUGAGUUGGAUGAGGUGAUGCUAAAGCUUGGUUAUGAGGUACCACCAGUCAUUUACUACCACUAUCAACUGUCAAAUGGAGAUUUGGAGUUUGGUCUUAGAGCUGUAGGGAAUGAUGUUGAUGUACUUAGUCUUGCACAGUAUGAGACACCAGAAUACAAUAAGAAUAGGAGAUUGAGGUUAGUUGAAGGGAGUCAAUCAUGUAGUGCAAUUAUUGGUGAUCAAGGUAUAAAAAUUCAUGAUCAAGGUGCACCUAUUGGUGAUCAAGAUACAAAAGUUCAUGAUGAAGGUGCAAGUCUUAGUGAUCAAGAAUUAAAUACAGAAGUGUUUGAUACCUUUGAUACCCAAGCAUUUCAAUUUGAAGACUUUGAUCCUUUCUUUGAUCAAUAUAAUGUUAAUGAACAUAAUGAUCAGAGUAUGGGAGUUGAUGCAAGACUUGGUGAAGUUCAAUUUGAAAGUGAGGGAGUUUGUGAAGGGCUUGGUGAAGGGUGUAGUAAAGGGGGUAGUGAAGGGAGUGAGGAAGAUAGUGACUUUCUUGAAGAUGAAGAAAAUUAUGUAAGUGAUAUUGAGGUGGACAUGAGUGAUUUCUAUAUGAAUGUUGAUCUAGAUGUUGAUUAUGUUGACAGAGGAAAGGGUGUUGAAACUGAAAAUGAAGAUGUUGAUAUUGAAGAUAUUAAAGAUGUUGAAGUAAUUGAUAAUGAUGAAUGGGACUCCUUAGGUGAAGAUACUGAUGAUGAGAGGAGGAAAGCAAUAUUAAAACAGAUGGUGAAGGAGAAGAAGUGCUCUUUUGGUGAAGUCCAUGCAGUUACUUUUCAAGUGGGUCAAAAGUAUAAAAAUAAAAAGGAAAUUAAGGACAAAGUCAACAAACUUGCCACUCAGACUAGAUGGAAUCUUGGGUUCAAGAAAAACGACAAAACAAGGCUUAGGGUUGUGUGUAAAGGUAAUGUACCUAAUGUAAAUGCAAGUGGGGGUAGGUAA